UUUAGAGGGAACUUUUUUUUUCUCUGGAGUCGUUCUUUCUUCAGCCAAAAACGACAUUUUCAUCAAAGACCUGAGUUCGUGACAAAGUCCCGCGGGCCAAAUCAGUCAAGAUGCCUUUCCACAAGCUCGUCAAGAACAGCGCGUACUACAGCCGCUUCCAGACCAAGUACAAGCGCAGACAGCAGGGAAAGACCGACUACUAUGCCCGUAAGCGGUUGAUCACCCAGGCCAAGAACAAGUACAAUGCGCCCAAGUACCGCCUGGUCGUGCGCUUCACCAACCGCGACAUCAUCAUGCAGAUCGUCACCUCGGAGAUCUCUGGUGACAAGGUCUUCGCCUCGGCCUACUCCCACGAGCUCAAGGCCUAUGGCAUCACCCACGGUCUGACCAACUGGGCUGCCGCUUACGCCACCGGCCUGCUCAUCGCCCGCCGUGUCCUCAAGAAGCUUGGUCUUGACGAGGACUUCGCCGGUGUUGAGGAGCCCGAGGGUGAGUUCACCCUCACCGAGGCUGCCGAGACCGACGAUGGCACCCGCCGCCCGUUCAAGGCCUACCUUGAUGUUGGUCUUGCCCGCACCUCCACCGGUGCCCGUGUCUUCGGCGCCAUGAAGGGCGCCUCGGACGGUGGCAUCCUCAUCCCCCACUCCGAGAACCGUUUCCCCGGAUUCGACAUUGAGAGCAAGGAGCUCGACACCGAGACCCUGAAGAAGUACAUCUUCGGUGGCCACGUCGCCGAGUACAUGGAGACCCUCGCCGACGACGACGAGGAGCGCUACAAGAGCCAGUUCCAGCAGUACAUUGACGAGGAUAUUGACGCCGAUGGACUUGAGGACAUCUACACCGAGGCCCACGCCGCCAUCCGCGAGGACCCCUUCAAGAAGCCCGAGGGUGCUGAGGCCAAGAAGUCCAAGGAGGAGUACAAGAAGGAGUCGCUCAAGUACAAGGCCAAGAAGCUCACCCUGGCCGAGAGGAAGGCUCGCGUCCAGGAGAGGAUUGCCGAGCUCCGCGACGCCGAGUAAGCUUAUUGCUUGCAUUGACGUUGUGUUUGUAUGACAGCUUGGCAUUUUGCGGGUUUGGCAUUUGCGAUGGUCGGGAGGGUUCACGGUUUGCUUGUUCAGCUGGCGUUUUGAGGUUUCCAAAAGACUGGAACGGUGGGACUCUGGGUUUCUCUACAAUUUACGAAUCAGAACAAAAAGUGAAUGACCAACCCCGUGACCUUGUUGCUCUUUGAGAUCAAGAUAUCUGCCAUGGUUCCUUAGGUUUCAUGGCAGAUUGUAAUAGCCUGAUGCAGGUAUCGCCGAUGAUUGGGUAGACAGACAACUUGUUGAAUUGUGCGGCAAUGUUGAUACCGCCUCAAUGUACAAAGCCUGCGGGAUAUUGAGAGCCUUGUAUAGAGUUGGACUAGCUGGGUUAGGUUGCCAGGCCUGGUGAUGGGAUCAUGAGUCAAGGAAGCCCUUGUCGGGAGUGUCUCCACUGAAGCCCUAGUCUAAUCUAACUCUACUCACUCAUUGGCUACCAAAGCAGUUGUGUCUAUUGUAUCCGUACAUCAUUUCAGAGUCUCAGACCGGCUUACUAUGUAGUACUUCGUACGUAGCAGUAUACUACUUAUAUUUUUUUUU